UCGCGCGAAGCACACGCGCUCUUGUAUCCUACGGUAUAUAUCGUAGUGUGUAUAAUAUAAGCGCCUGGCGCGCGCGAAAGAAUAAAAAGAGAAAGAAAAGGAAACCGAGUCUUUGAACGCGUGGACGUGCUGCACACGUACAUUUCUAAUUUGUGUAUAGUAAAUCGUAUUUAAUGACUCCAUCGAUCGUUAUUAUCAUGUAAGGAUGAUACAGUGGCUAUAGUGCAGCGAUCGACCCGUGCGUAAUCGUUAAGUUUGUUUUCGAAAAUAUUACAAUUAAUUUAAUGUAUAAUAUAAUUUAAGAAAGGAGGUAGAGAAAAAAUUUACAUCAUUCGUCGGUCCACACACGUGUGCGACAAGAUUCGUCGUCGGUGUGCUGCACACACGAUCACGCAGCGAUGCAGAUAGUGUCAUUGUGCUCGAGUGAUUUCGUGCUCCGCGUGAAGGUUUGGUUCGGAAGAGGUGAGUGAUUAAUAUUCGAGGUGAAGGAAGAGCUCGUUCGUUGACCGAGCAUUGGAAAAAAAGAAAUAUUUGGAUAAAAGUGAGAUUUUCGAAGGAGCGAGUCAACGACGACAAAGUAACGAGCGAAAAUCGGAGUAAAUAAAAAAUGAACGCCACGCCAAAGGAUAUGGAGAAUCACGGAUUGCGAUAGUAUCCGUAAGCGUGCGAAAGGCGGAUCGACAAGCGAAAUAUAUAUAAUGCCUGACAACGAUCGCCCAUCAUCGUCACUACUACUACUAUUGCAACAGCAGCAACGACUACUGCGUCGUUAUCCGGGUUGCGAUCGUCGUCGUCGUUGUCAGCGUCGUCGCGCGCGCCAGGACGACGCGCUUCUCAGCGGCGAGGUUCCCGUCGUCGUCGUCGUCGACCAUCGUCGCGAUAAUCGCUCUCUUAUGGGAGACGUAGAGGAGGAGCUUGAGCUUGAGCAGCAGCAGCAGAGAUAUGAGCAGAAGCAGCCGCUCAGCGGGUCGUCGCCGUGAUGACUGACUUACAAGCCACGCUCGAGUUCUCUCUCGAGCUCUGUAAAUUUUACAAUGUCGAUCUCUUUCAGCGCGGGUACUAUCAGAUCAGAACGUCGCUCGGGGUCUCGCCCAAGCUGCCCAUCAAAGUCGAGGUCAAUCAGCUGCGCGGCAGCUCGAGCCACCACGACGCCCCGGGCACCUCGAAGCGCUUCCAGAUACUCUACCGCAACGAGGAGGUGACCCUCGGCACGUCGGUGCUCUAUCGGGCCCACGUGCUCGUGCACGGCCACAAGAUCGAGGAGGCGCUGGCCCGGGCGCGAUUCCAUCUCUCGGUGGAGCUGUGGUUCGGCGAGCCCGCGCCGGGUGGUCCGGGGGCGACGACCGGUGGUUCGUCGUCGUUGUCGUCGUCGUCGUCGUCGCAUCAUCAUCAACAGCACCAACACCAUCACCAGCAGCCCACGAGCAUGGCGUGCGUGUCGUCGCGAGCCCUCGAGCUGAACUUCGUGCCGACCAAGGGACUGCACUAUCAUCUGCCGGUGCUGUUCGAUUACUUUCAUCUGGCGGCGGUGUCGAUGACGAUUCAUUGCUGCCUCGUGGCGCUGCAUCAGCCGAGCAUCAAAAAGAGUAUUCUUCAUUAUGUGCAAAGCUGCGCUCCACGAAGCGGCCGCGGCCGAGCCCAGGGCAAAUCGCUCAACGACGAAAAUAUAUUCAAAAACAUCGACUCCUCCGCGACGACCCGCUGCGUCGGCUCGGCGUCCUCGCGCCUGCAAACGGCCAAGCUCGCCCAGCAAGAGGUCACCCGUCUCCUCCUCGCCGCGCGCGAGUCCCUCCUCACCGACCUGGCCGACAUGGCCCGCCUGCUGCCCUCGUGGCAGCAGCGCGCCCUCGAGCUCGCCCAGAACACCCACAAGGAGAUCACGCGCAUGAUCGACCCCGAGGAGGCCGACGUAGCCCAGCUCUGCGCCCAGAACAUCGUCCUCUGGGAGCACUUCCUCGAGGCGUUCUCGGGCCGCGACGCCGUCCAUCAGCAUCUCGGCCGCGUCCACCAUCGGCUGCGCGUGCGUCGCUUCGCCGAGGGCUUCUUCCUGUGCGAGAAUCCGCGGAGCUCGGCGGCGGGCUGCUACGACGCCAUCAAUCAGUCGUAUCAGGCGGUGAGCGAGGCGGCCCGCCGCUCCCGCUACCUGGCCAGCAUGCCCAAUCUGCCGGUGCACUGCGCCGAGCUCGACGGCGAGCUCGCCACGCUGCCGCUCAUCUUCGAGGAUCGCUACGCCGAUCCGAGCCAGCUGGCCAGACGCGAGCAUCGCAACAGCGCGUCGAGCAUCUGGUCGCCCCGUUCCGAGGGCAAUGGCAGCGGCAGCCUGGGCUAUCCGGAUAGGUUGAUGCUGACGUCCUCCGGUGGCGGUCAUCAUCACUACGUGAACAAUCUGCCGGCGGCGGCGCGACACAGCAAGUCGCUGGACCAGCUGGGACCGGACCUGGUGACGUCGCAUCAGCCGCCCAGCAGUGGCACGAUGAUGCAGAUGCAGGACGCUGGAGGUGGCUACGACUCGCCGAGGCAGCAGCAGCGACGACUGCCCAGGAGCGCCUCGACUCACAUGCUGGGUAUGACCAAUCACAGUAACAGUGGAAAGCAGCAGCAGCAGCAGCCGAGGUCACCCGCGUCGAGGGUAGCCACAAUGCCGACUAACAAAAAGCAGCAGAAUCACAGCAACAGGUCGAGCUGCCAGAACGUCUUCGCGCAGAACGGCCACGGCAAACGAUCGACCGGUUGCUUCGGCGGCGGUUCGACCCUACCCCGAGCCAAGUCGAGCCAGCAUCUCGUCCAGAGCAGCAGCAGCGGCAGCAGCAACGGCACGAGCAGCGGCGGCAACAACUGCAACGGCAGCCGCAAAUUGAGUCGCGGCCCCGACGGUGGACAGUCGCGCUCCAUCACCUCUCUGCUGGCCGCCAUGUUCCCGGACGGCGACGAGCAGCUGCCCGGCUACGUGGGCAGCCUCGACAUUCGCAAGAUCGCCGGCCCGGUGAGCUUCGACGCCAAGGCCGGAUUCUUCGACGAGGCCAUAGCCGCCAAUCAUCGUCGUCGCGGUCAGCAGCAGCAGCAGCAGCAGCAGUACGUGCACAAGCAGCAGAUGAAUAUGCCCGAAGCGCUGAGGACGAAUACUCUGGAUCGGGCGAGCUAUACCAAGGCCAGGGCUAAUAAGCAGCAACAGCAAGUGGGGAGGAAUGGACAUUUGGAUCAACCGAGAAAGUACAAUACUUUGGGUAGAUCGACACAGAGGCAGCAGCAGCAGCAGCAGAGGUGUGCCGGCGAUGGUUUUUACGGCAAUGGAAAGCACGAGGUGCAUCAGUUGAAGAGGCCGCGCAGUACCGAUCGCAUUUUGGACGAUAGAUCUCGCGACAGCGACCUGUACGAGGACGCGCGCAAUUACCUCAGCCGAAGUCGCGAGAGUCUUCUGCAGCAUCGCAACGACAUCAACAGCGGGGGCGGCGGCGGCAAAGCACGAGUCUCUCCCUCUCGAAAACGUUCCGAUCAGCAGCAGCAGCGUCGCAAUCACAACUCGAUCGUCAACAACAAUAACAACAACAAGAACAGCAGUAGCAGCAGCAGCAGCAACAACAACAAUCACCAGCACCAGCACCACAACAACAAUAACAAGGACUCGACGUACGACUCGAUCUACAACGAGCCGAGCUUCAGGAACGGCCUGUCCAAGCUCUACGGCGGCGGUGAUUCAUCGCGCUCGAAGCAGAGCAGUCGGCCGCAGUCCGCGGCGCCGAGCAUCAGGGUGAGCGGCGACUCCGGCUGCUGCUCGGCCGUGUCCACGAUGGAGAGAAAAUCAACGACUUCGUCGACCGGAGGUAGCGGUAGCGGUGGUCGUCAUCAUCCGCCGCCACCCAUUGCUUAUCAAGAUUCCUUGUUACUCGGUGGUGGUGGCGGUGGUCGGCACAUUUUGGAAACGGAGCACAACAACAACAACCACCACAAGGACAACGGCAAGGAGCCGUUGUCGCCCGUGGACGCGCUGAAAUCGCCGAACCAGGACUCGUCCAGUCCUGCGCUGAUGUCACCGGUGUCCGUCAAUUCCUUUACAGUUUACCCAUCGGACCAGGAGCAAGGACAGCAGCAACCGGGUCCAGUCUUGACUCCGGACGGCAAGAGGCUCCGCUGCGCCAGCGUACCCACGGCCAAGAAUAAAACAGUCGUGCCGCGCAGCGCCGUCUCCAUGCCCUGCAUGCCCAGCAUCGCCCAGGAAUCUCAGCAGCAGCAGCAGCAAGCGGCUAUGGUGGCCAAACUGUCGCCGCCGAGCUCGAGGCCGACCAGUCCCGCGGAGAGCAGCAGCAGCGGCAGCGGCAGUAGUCACAGCAGCUCGUCGUCGUCGUCGUCGUCGUCCUCGAGCAAUCUGACCUCGGAGCGCAGCGGCUGGGUGAGCAGCGGCGGCGACGCGGACACCAACUCGAGCUCCGAGCGACGGCCCAAACCGCAUCAUCAUCGUCGUCGGCGUCAUCAUCAGCCGUCGUCGUCGUCGUCGUCGAAAUUGUCCACGGAGCAGCUGAGGCAGAAGCUGGCCAAGAUCGUGCAACAGCAGCAGCAACAGCAACCAGCGGCACCUCCACAACCCCCGCCGAGACAUAAGAAAGAAAAGAAGGAAAAGAAACGCGACAGGCAUAAACAUCAUCAAAGAGACAAACAACAGCCGACGACGACGACGGCGACGACGACGGCGACGUCGGGCGCGAAAAAAAUCCCGGACUCGCCGGCGGCCGGUGGCGGCGAUUCGAGCGCCACGUACGAGGAGCUGGUGCGACUGCCUCCGCCGAGGAUGUUCAUGGACGAGCCGCCGCCGCCCGAGGCGUUUCGCGACCCGUCGCCCCUGCCGCCCUCGAUGAUGGCCGCCGCCGCAGCGGCUGCGGGGAUGAUGAUGCCACCCAUGACCGUCGACAAUCCGCUCUAUCACGUGGUCGAGUCGGUCAAACAACAGCAGCAACAGCAGCAGCAGCAACAAAAGAUGCUGAUUCAUCAACGUCAGAAUCAUCAACAUCAUCGUCAUCAUCAAUAUCAACAGCAUCAACAGCAGCAUCAAGUGCACCAGCAACAACAACAGCAGCACCAGCAGCAUCAUCAUCCUCAAGGCCACGUCAACGGCAGCAACAAGUCGGUACGGGGCAGCCCCAAACAGACCAAGACAGCUCCGUGCUCGCCGCAGCGCAGCAAGCAGCGGGUCGCCACGGACGGCAUACCCUACGGCAAGGGCAGCCGCCACGAUCUCUGCUCCGACUGCUAUCAGGAGGGCAAGGAGCUCCUCCAGAGCAGCCAGCAGAACAAUCAGCAACAGCUUCCACAGUCGGGUCAGGAUCAUGGCGGUAGCGGCGACAACGCCAACUUCAACAAGAACAAGGAGGACUUCAAGCGUCAGACCUGCUUCCCGGGCAAGCUGUACAGCGAUCUGCCGGCCGGGCAGCUGGCCUCGCAGCUGCCCUACUUUCACAUAAGCGACGAGUACAGGCUGUACUCGCCCGAGGGCUGCCACCUCAUCGUGUGCGUGCACGGCCUCGACGGCAACGCCGCGGAUCUGCGCCUCGUCAAGACCUACCUGGAGCUCGGCCUGCCCGGCCAGCAUCUCGACUUUCUCAUGUCGGAGACCAACAAGGGCGACACGUUCUCGGACUUCGACACGAUGACGGAUCGCCUCGUGGCCGAGAUACUGCAUCACAUCGAGUCGGGCGGCCUCGCCCCCACCAAGGUGAGCUUCGUCGGCCACUCGCUCGGCAACAUCAUCAUCAGGAGCGCCCUGACCCGACCGCAGCUGCGCGGCCUCGUGCCGCGCCUGCACACCUUCCUGAGUCUGAGCGGACCCCAUCUGGGCACCCUGUACAACACCUCGGGGCUGGUGAACGCGGGCAUGUGGUUCAUGCAGAAGUGGAAGAAGUCGGGCUCGCUGCUGCAGCUGGCGAUGCGCGACUCCACGGACGUGCGACGCUCGUUCAUGUUUCGGCUGAGCCAGAGGAGCAAUCUGCAGAGGUUCAAGCACGUGCUGCUCUGCGGCAGCGCCCAGGACAGAUACGUGCCGCUGCACUCGGCCAGGAUCGAGCUGUGCAAGGCCGCGGUUCGAGAUCCGUCCGAGCAGGGCUCGGCCUAUCGCGAGAUGGUGCACAACAUCCUUUACCCGAUCAUGUCGACGCCGGGCGUCAGUCUGGUGCGCUACGACGUGCAUCACGCCCUGCCGCCCACCGCCAACGCGCUCAUCGGCCGGGCGGCCCACAUCGCCGUGCUCGACUCCGAGCUCUUCAUCGAGAAGUUCCUCCUGGUCACGGGCCUCAAGUACUUCAAGUAAACGAGAAGAGAAAAGAAGAAGAAGAAGAAGAAGAAGAAGAAGAAGAAAAAGACGAUUUAAUAAUGAUACAGAUAUAUUAUUAUUAUAAAAAAAGUAUAUAAGUACCUCGUUGACGCUAUGAUAUAACGACCUCCUCCAAACCCCUUCUCUAAAAACCCUACCUUACAACUUUCAACUCUUUAUCUCUUGAAAAAUACUAUACUAUCGUCUUGAAUAAUCUCUUAACCCAGCAUCCAGAAGAAUAAAAGUCUUUAUCCCUGAGUAUAAUUAUAAAUAUGAUGAAUAAUACCGAAAUAUUUAUUGUAUAGAGAACGAACAAACGAAAAAUAAAAAGGUGGUGCACGAGCGAGGGCUGAGAUGUACACACAGACACAUACUAAAGAAAAAAAAAAGAAAAAAUAAACUGAUCAUUGUGAUAGCCAAUUAGCGACGAUCGCUAACUCAUCGGACGUCGAUAAUAAUUAAAGAAAAAUGAUAUAUAAAAAUUAAUUUAUUAUUAUUAUUAUUACUAUUAUGUAUAUAAAUGACGAGUUGUGUAAAUUACGAAUAGUGUAAUUUUUUUGUCACGAAAAACGAUAAAAACGAUAAAAAAAAAGCAGCUAACAACUAAUCCAUUGUACUCGUCGUUGUUGAAAGUGUUUAUGAAAUACUCAUUAUACGACGCAGAGGGUGUGUCUAACGUAAUAGUUGAACAUAGAAGAUAAAAUUAUUUAAAAAAUAUAUCACUGUGUAACGAAGAGACGUGCGAAUGUUUUAGUUCCGUACGGAAAAUGUAUAAAGUAAGGCUUUUCUUUCGAGGAUAUGAACGACGCGUUAAUUGAAAGAUCAACGACGAUUUGAGUUUUUCAUUAUCGAUAUAAGUACGACUAUGUCUGUGUAUAUUUCUAUUUCGUCGAUUUUUUACCGAUUUUUUAAGACGCAGGGCAGAGUCUUGAAAAAGAAAAUAAAAUAAAUAAAGAAAAAGAAGAAAAGCUUGUAAUUAUAAGUAAUCGUCAUUUUUUUAUUACAAAAAAAAAAAGAAACUUCGAUUUAAGAGACGAUCGUUCUCGAAGCACAUCUCUCAAAAAUGCACAACACAAAAAAUGAUUCGUGUCGAUAUUUAUUGAUAAACUGUCCUUUAGAAACUACGAACUGCCUAAUUUCUUACGAAUUAUUCGAAUUAAAGUAUAUAUACGUAUGUCCGUUCGUUUGUAUUUUAUAACACGUCGAGAAUUUUUUUCCUUCAUCUUGAGGGAUGAUACUUACGAUUCAAAGUAAACAAAAAAGUAGCAUGAGUGUGAUAGUCAAAUAAAAUAUGGCAAAGUGUCAAAAUAAAAUGAAAAGUUCAUAUAAUCUAAAAAGAGUUGAAGAGCGAAUAUUAUAUAGAGUUGGGCUUGUUUGAAAACGAAAAUAAUAAAGGUAUAAGUUUUUAGAUGAUAUAUCGUGUAACGACAGAAAAAAAGGUAUCAAUGUUUUCACGUUAGGAAAGUUUAUGAAACGCAUGUCAAUUGUUCUCUAAAGAUUUUCACGACCAUCAAAUUUCGAACAGGUAGUUAAACCGUUAAAAAAAAAAAGAAGAUAACACAUAACUUUUAUCAUUUGCUCGUGAUACAUGUAUAGCGGAGAAGGAAAAAGAGAACGAAGGAUAUGAUAAAAGGUGAUGGAUAAUUUUUUCUAAAAAUCAAAGAAGCUAAUUAAAAAAAAAUAUAGAUAGAAGCAGUAGUUUAAAAAUUUAACUGAGAAAAAAAUUGAAAUACUUAGUAACCGUAAAUGCAAAUGGUUAUAUGUAACAAAUCCCUCCAAUCGCUGCACGAAUAAUAAAAGCAUCUCAAGAACUUUUGCGUCGACUAUAACUACAAACAAAAAAGAAAAGAAGUAUAUAUUAUGACGGAGUGCGAGGAUUAUAAGGUAAUAGAUAAAGAAAGGAACGCAUAAGUAUCGUUAAAAUCGUAGAGAAUUAUAUACUAUAUUUAACGCUAGUGAACAAUCAAUCUAUUGUAUUCGCUGAUUUUUGUAUAAUUUUAAUUUUAAAACGAAGAGAAAACGCAAUUGAAAUCGCAAUGAAUUACGUAGACACGGCAGAUGAAUCAAACACGAGCUUUUUUUCUAUGAUAAUUAAAACGAGGAUAUUCAAUUCAAUAAUAUUGACUGAGAUUAGGAGUAAAGGAGAGAAAAAAAAUUUAUUCGGCAAAUUGAGACGACCUCACCUUUGUGUAAAUUUUUUAAUAUCAAUUCUAGAUGUUAAUUGAAUGCCAAAAACACGAAAGACUUUCGCGUAAUUAUAUAGUCAAUCGUUUCUUUUGGAAUCCUUGGAAAUUUUGUAUCUUUAAAUUUUAUUGUAAUUAAACGUAUUGUGAUAUGUAAAUAUUCAAAUUGAUUUCGACAAAAUGCAUAAGUGAAUUAAAAAAAAAGCAAAGUGAUCUCUACUCGUUGUACAGGACUUUUCUCUGGAUAGGCGGGCAUCGUGUCAUCCGGAUGGAAGCGAUCAAAACCUAUAAACAUUUCUACUUGAAUAAAAAAACAUUUCAGCUCCAUUUUUUUAUAAUAAAAAUUAUAUUUCUGAAGCUCACUCCAAAUCGAUCUGUUAAAUUCGGCUCUUUAUUCUCGAGGAUCCAAUCCAUCGGCGACAAUAACAGUGCUGAAAGAAAAAAAAUCUAAAUUCUCUUGAUUCCAUUAUGAUUAAUAUACCUUUCAAGUCACCAAAAAUGCCAAAAAUGGCCCGAGACGGCGUAUAAAACAAGUAGAAAACUUUACCAGCUCGCUGUUGUCGAAUAAAAUAGAAUUGACUCCGUAUUAUAUGAUAUAAUUGUAAGUUGACUGUUUUAUUAAGAGGGAACACCAAAAGAAAAAUAAUAAAAAAAUCCGAACGACGAUCGAGGGGAAGAAAAAAAAGUUAAACUAUUAAAC